AUGAUGCAUGGUUGUGAUUCAAGCAAGUUAGGAGUGAUGAAGGUUCUAUCUAGCUGUUUCUUCGUUCUUAUUCAUAUAAUUGGCGUGUACAGCGUGGGUGAUGAAGGAAAAAUGGAUUUUCAUGGAGUGAAAGAGUUCCUAAUAAAAAGCAGUAAGAAAGAUGAUCCAAUCAAAAAUGCGAAUAUUAAAGUUGAUAUGGCUAACAAUGGAAUAGUGUUCGGCGAUAAAACACAAGUAUUAUAUAUUGAUUUGUGCAUUCCUUUAUCCCAAAAUGUCAGGAAUACAUUAGAAGAAUAUCCCAUACUUAAUGAUGAAAUAGUUAUUCAUACAAGAGACACAAUAAAAGUAAACAUAGAAAAAGUAAAUUUUAUUCUGGAGAACUUCAAAGCAAAACGCGUUUCUUUCACAAAUAUUCUAAUUCAUAAUAAAAUAAUUGGAAAAAAGAAAGCAUUAGCAAUACCAGUUCAAAGGAAAAUAGCAGACAAUAUAACCAGACUGUCAUUCUAUGGUAUGUCCACAAAUAAUAUAGAAAAUAUUCUAUUGAAUUGGGAAGUACCUUCUUUAGUAUCUUUAAGUUUGGAAAAAGUUAACAUCACUAGUAUGUCAUUUUUUGACAACUAUUUAUCUGGAGUGGAGUUAAAAACUAUUCGUAUGGAAGACUUGGAGGAUCUUGUGCUUAUUAAAUCAGUGCUGCUAAAAAGUCCGGCGCUAGAGUCUAUUACACUAAAGAAUAUUCCAUACAUUGACAGUGUAGGAUACGAAUUCUUGAAAAGAAUAUUAAAAAAUGUGAAAAUCUAUAUUCUAUUAGAUGCCUGGCUGUUUGAAAAGAUCAAUUUAAAGCCACAAGAAAAUAUAAUGAAUGUGGACACACUUGUAAUAUCUUUACCAUCUGUUUCCAGAAUAUCAAACACAAUAAAUUUAUAUAGUAAAAAAAUCAAUCAUCCAACGCACACAAAAGGUGUUAUAAAAGCAAGAAGAGUAGAAGUCAAUGGAAUAUUGCAUAUAUACAGCGCAAAGGAUGCAGCUUUUAUUAUUACAGAAUGGCUUAACAUUUUCAUAAUAGACGCAGUGUCUAUUCAAAUAAUCUUUCUGUGUGAUGAACUAAAUAGCAUCUAUCACAACCACCUAAGAAUACUAAGAGAUGAAAGCCAACAAUUACUACCAAUUGAAACAAUAUUUGGUAAUAUAUUAGAAUGGUAUGGGUGCAGUUCCAUUAUCAAUGCUGUAAACCCCAUUAGCAUAAAUAAUAUUAAUGAUGAACGCAUGGCCAGAAUAGACAGAAUAAUUAACCAUACACUACGUAUAUAACCAGAAGUAUUCAGAAAUUCAAACCAGAAAAUUCAAUCUAACUAAC